GUUGGAACAUUUCCCUUCCCUUCCUUCCGUGUAAGCACAGACGUAGAUCCCCUCCAAACACAAAAGGACCUUCUUUGGGAGUUCAGUACACGGUGCCUUUCUUCACGAAGUAAAGCCAAAGAAGAUGACAUCUCGUCCUACCUCUGUGGAGGAAACCUCUUGACAUCUGUUUCUGGAAGAAGAGUUAGAGGAACAGCCAACUCUGUCCAGUAGUCCCAGUCACCUUCUACAAAGCUAACAUGGGUGACAAUAAAACAGGAAUGCAAGAGGCCAAUAUCAAAGCAGAAUCUCUAUUAGAAUCAGGGUCUCCAGAGAAAUGCAUGGAAAGUGAAGGCAGCUCUUGUGUGGCCCAGUUAAAUUCUCCACCUUUGAAUAGUGAAGGAGACCAGGAGACCAAAAGCACCAAGAAGGCUUUUGUUAGAGUGUUGAGCUUCAGCAGAGGAAUCCCAAAAGCCUUCAAAGAGAUAUCGACAACAGAGCCUGGAAUCCUUAGAUCCAGCAAACGGUUUUCAAAGCGAAGCUCUAAACUGAUAGAAGACCAUGAAGGAAACAGCAGUGUUCCAGAGGAAAGUGUGGAGAUUAAAGAUGAUAGUGUGAAAAAAGAACCAUCCUCAGAGCAUCAAAAGGGCAUUUCGGGAUCUCCAGAGAAAUGCACAGAGAGUGAAGACAGCCACCGUGAAGCCCAGUUAAAUUCACCACCUUUGAAUAAUCAAAGGGAAAAGGAGACCACAAGCCCAAGCAAGCCUCUUGCGACAGUGCUGAGCUUCAGCAGAGAGCUGUCGAAAUCCUUCAGAAUGACAUCAGUGAAGGAGCCUGGAAUCCUCAGAUCCAGCAAAGAGUUUGCAAACAGAAGUUUCAAAUGGAUAGAAGGUCAUGUUGUCCAUACACAUAAAGAAAGCAGAAGUACUUCAGAGGAAAGUGGGAAACCGGAAGACAAGUGUAUUAAAAAAGAACCAUUGUCUGUAAUGGAAAUAAAUAAACUUAUUCAGACAAGGGAACUGCUGGAGGCCUUUGAAAACAUCAAGAGUUUGGAAAUGGAGCUUCUGGCCUCGAAACAUGAGGAUAACCCCAAGGGAUACACUGUGAAGGCGAAGGAUGUUGACUUGUUGUAUGAUCACAUUUCGAAGGUCAUCUGGCAAAUUGUACAAGAAACGCUGGAUCUCCCCUGCAUUGACGAAAAGGCGUUGACUUCUCUGGUAACUUUAAUUGAAGAUGAAGAGAAAGCUCACCCCGAGGCCUCAAAAGCUACCAUCUCCUCUGGGCCAGCAGAACUGGGUUUAGCCAGAAACUGGAGAGAGCUCUGGAAAGAAGCUGUCAAUCAAAGUGCAAAGGAAAGGGUCUGUAAAGUGCCAGUGCCCUUGAAGGACGAUGACCAGUCGUGGCUUGCUAAGCACUUAGGGUUCCUCACAAUGGCUGUAAAAGAAGAUUUGUUAAAAGUUAAGCUUCACGUACAGAAAUGCUAUCCGCAGGAUUAUAAUGUAUGUGAUACAUAUCUGGGGGCUUUCCAUAAGGCCCUCUCUGUGCAUUUAGAUGACAUCCUAGGCAAGAACAGCCUGACGCUCAGUGAAUUCUACGCCUUACUCAGUUGGAUCACUAACAUAUAUCACAGUGAAGAGUUCUUAGGACAUUUGGAUCUCAAACCAGAAAUAGAAACUAAAGACCUACCCAGCUUGUUAACUCCAGAAGCUCUGGCUAAACUGAAGAACGAUUACAUUAAUUCUGUAAAGGAGAAAACAAAGAUAUACUUGGACAACAUUCUGGUGCUGCAAACCAAGAAAAAGUGGGAUUUGGAAGAAAAGCCAGAAGCUCUAGAAAGCCAGCAGUGUUCGACGCUCUCCCUUGAUAUUCAAAUGAUGGUUGGACAACAUGUGAAGGCAUCUGGCCACAUUUGUGACAGCUUGGAAGCUGCAGUGCUCGAUGUCAGUUUAAAAGAAGUAAUGGAAUUCAUGACACGGUUUGAGAAAGCAUUUCUGGAAUGGGACAAAGAGAACGACCAUCCUCAGUUUGUGGAACUUAUGGUGACCUGCAUUAAUGACUUCCAAGAAUUGUUGGCAGGCUUAGAAAGAACUUUUAGCAUCAGCUGCGAAGAACUUGAAAAGACCCUCCAAGAUGUGAUGUGGAAUUACCAGAAAUAUUUUUUACAUAAACUAGGACAGAAAACCCAGCCAAUGUUCAAGAAAAUCCUGAGCAAAAAGUGGAUUUUAUAUAGUGGAACUCCUGACUCGUUCAUCCAGAAAGCAGUGUCAGCCACUGAAGAAUUUUCUAAACCUCUAGUUCAUCUGAAGGAUCCCAUUUACAAGAAUUUUCUCCAUGAAAUUCACAAGCAAAUGGUUAAAGAAUAUAUUACGCAAACCCUGCGGUCAAAGAACAAAAGGGGGAGAAGAAAAGGGGAAGAAGUCAGCAAGCUGAUGAAACAAGACGCCCUAAUUAUAAAUAAUAGCAUGAAACGCCUGGGUUCCAGUUCUGAUUGGCUCUUCCCUGCCAUUCUACACAUUGCAGACAUAAUUGGUGAGAAGAAGAAACAAAAAAUCAAAGACUGCCUUCAAAACUUGUCUCAGGACUAUCCAGAUAUUAGGAGGGAGCACAUCCUGGCUCUUCUUUCCUUCCAAGGGUGGUGGCGAAACACCAGACAAUCAAUGGCUGAUCAGAUUGAUGGCCUAUCAGAAAGUUUAGAAACUGGAUCCAGCCAGACGCUCUUUGCUGAAAUUGAACUUCCCGACACCAGCCAGUGCUUUUGAAAAAUCAGCAAGAAAUGAAGUGUAUUUGGAUGUUCGAUGUUUCCAUGGGUUUAUGAAUAUUACAAGAAGCUUCCUUUGCCGGCCCAUAUAUCAUCUA